UCUUCAACUCACUUGUAAUAAAAAUGAGGAUUUCCUUUACCUCAAAGCGAUUUCGCUUCUUCAUCGUCUUCACUGCAUGCUUAUGUAUAUACUUUGCUAUUCAAAAGAAUAAAGAUCAUAAAAAGAAAGAUAUCGCAAGUAUAUCUUCAAGGUUUGAGAUCCCAACGAGUAAGUACACCUCCAUAUUGGGUCCUAAACUUGAUAAGCUUCCUAAUCAAGAUGGUGUUAUAGAAUUAUUUAAAGUAUGGAAGAAAGACCAUGGACGAGUCUACGGUGAUCAAGAAGAGAUGGCAAGGAAAUUGAAAAUAUUUGUUUCAAAUUUGAAGUAUAUCGUAGAGACCAAUGCAAAGAGAGAUUCGCCUCAUAGCUCCCUCCUUGGUUUGACCAACUUUACUGAUAUGAGCUUCACGGAGUUCAAAGAAACAUACAUGACAAUGAACACAGACACAAUGGAUAUUGUGGAUGAUGAUGAUGUUGAUGAAUUAACAUGUAGUAAACCACCUUCAACUUUGGACUGGAGGUUGAAAGGUGCUGUCACUCCUAUUAAGAGCCAAGGCGGUUGUGGUUCUUGUUGGGCAUUCUCAGCUGUUGCCGCUAUUGAAGGAAUAGUUGCAAUAAAGACAAGGAAGCUUAUUAGCCUUUCAGAGCAAGAGCUUCUAGAUUGUGAUCCAUAUGGAAGUUGUUCUGGAGGAAUUGUGGUCGCAGCAUUAAAUUGGGUAAUUCGAAACAAAGGGAUUGCAACACAAAAGGAUUAUCCUUAUACUGGAAAGAAGGGUGAUUGCAGAUCCUCCAAGAUUGCAAAUAGUCCAACUAGUAGCAUUAACUCACAUCGUCCCGUGAAGAAAUCGGAGAAGGAAUUGUUGUGUGCAGUUGCUACGCAGCCUCUUAGUGUUGCUAUUUAUGCUACAAAAGAAUUUCAACAUUACAACGGUGGAGUUUUUACAGGUAAAGAUUGCCCGUCUGAUUCUAUGAAAAUAAAUCACGCCGUGGUAGUAGUGGGUUAUGAUUCUGUUAACCACGAAGAAUAUUGGAUCGUGAAGAAUUCAUGGGGCACAAAAUGGGGAAAGGAUGGUUAUAUCUAUAUCAAAAGAAACACUGGUAAAAAGUAUGGAGUGUGUGCCAUCAAUGCAUGGGGUAGACUAUUAGUCAAAAGGAAAUGAGUAUAUGAAAAUUAAGUUACUAAUUUCUUUUUCCCUCCAUAAGAAAGAAUUUAGGGAACUAAGAAUCUAAAUUUGAAGAAUAAGUUAAAGAUAAAUUUUACGGUUUGUGAGUCUAGAGUUUGUUGUAUGGUUAUUCUUGAUGUUGUUCUCAACAUAUCAAUUCUCCUCUUCAUAAUUGUUAUUCGUGAUGUAAUUUUGCAUUCAUGAUAAUAAAGUAGUUGUUAUUUUGCA